CAUUGAGCCAGUUCCGCGCUGAACUACGCAGUCUGUUUCGUUGGUGCAGAAAGAAAACAACUUAAGUACACACAUGCAAUAUUAGCAUUCGCAACAAUUCUGAGCAAUGUCACUGCGUGCAUUAAGGAAACGGGACAACCAAUACAAUCAAAGUGCUGCCAGAGCAACGCUUUAUAAAAAAGCAAACAAUAGCAACGGGAGCAACAACAACAACAACGGCAGCAGCAGCAACAACAACAACAACAACAGCAGCAGAGCCAAAAAGUUAACGUCAGCUGGAAGCCUGUUGCGCCAACGUCAGCUGCUGGGACGUUCGACACAUUCCAACCCGGAUCUAACGGCAUUUCAAAGGACCUGCACGAAUCACCUGUUGCGUCGCAAAUCGGAAAGCGAUGCCAAUUGGGCCAUCUCAACGGGCCAAUCAACGAAACCGUUAACGGCUGCCAACGCCAAGUCCGAGAUUUGUCUGCAGCGCAUCAGUUCGCACAGCUACGAGACGGCGAACAGGACCCCGACCUCAGCUACGAUGCUCGGUGGAGCGCGUUCGCAUCGAGAUCUGUCCGCUGUCCCAUUGGAGGCGGACCGAGCGCCGCGCCGCAUGAGCGAGUGCAGCAUGGGCUACAGCCAGGCGAGCGGCAGCUACUCGCGACGCACCAGCUCCAUGUUUGCCAGCCAAAUGAUGCUGUCCUCGAGUGCUGCGGCGCCUGUUGAUCCCAAUGCGAUUUUGCGUGUGCCCAUCAUUGGCUACGAGGUGAUGGAGGAACGGGCACGCUUCACCGUCUACAAGCUGCGCGUCGAGAAUCCCGACACGAAUGACUUUUGGCUAGUGAUGCGACGCUACACGGACUUUGUGCGCCUCAAUGGCAAGCUGAAGCAGGCCUUUCCCCACAUCAACCUAAUGCUGCCGCGCAAGAAACUCUUCGGGGACAAUUUCAAUGCCGUCUUUCUGGACAAUCGGGUGCAGGGCCUCCAGAUGUUUGUCAACUCGAUCAUGGCCAAGGAUCAGCUGCGCAAAUGUAAACUGGUGCGCGAGUUCUUUUGCCUGGACGAGCCGCCCACGUACUCAGAGUCCAUGGAGGAGUGUCGAGCAAUCUUUGAGGCCCAGGAGGAGACCAUUGCGCACUUGAAGCUGCAAAUACAAAGCAAAAAUGAUCUCAUACUCGGGCUACAGCAGAAGCUGCGCGAGGAAAUGAUCGAGAAGGAGCAGCUCAAAGAGCAACUGAAAAAUCUCAAUUUGAACUGUUCGCACUGCUCGUCGGCAAAUGAAAGUUUGGCACUGAAAUAAAGCUAGGAAACCACUCAAACAAGGACAUGGACUGGAGGCGUGUCCUUCAUGUGUGCGUGUGUGUGUACACAAUUAUGCUGAGCAUAACUCUAGAUACUCACGCACGUCCACAAAAUAUAUCUCCCCAAGUGCAUAUCAAGCAAUAAGCAAGGCUCACUAUAUAGACAACUAUAUAUAGGAUAUAUCAAGUGCUUUAGCAUAGUACACUGGACAGCAAGGAAUUAAGUUCGAGGAGUGAACUGAUAUGAUUUAGAUGGUGUUUUGACAGAAGAAGUUGCUCGACAAUUGACAAUUGGAACUCGAUUUGUAUUAAUAACUGUUAUAAAAGGAAUCUAUUUAUAUAAAAACUGUAAAUUAAUGCGACUUUUGAGCACACUUCUCUUUAAGAAUUUUAGCUAAUGUAACAGGACUAUAUAAAUGAUUAUGUGCUAAGCUUAAGGUGCAGGAAGAUGAUAUUAAAACAUACGCUAUCUAAGCCAAAA